CCGCUCUCUGAGUGCCAGUCAGUCGACUGUUUUCAGGCUGUGAGCGCAGUGCACCUGGGAACUUUAAGUUUUUUUCCUCUAAUAUGUCCAUCAGUCGGAAGAACUGGUCGGCUUUGUCCAGCCUAGCGCGCCAGUGGACGAUGGAGGACGAGGAGGAGGUGGAAAGGGAGAAGAGGAGGAGGGUGAAGAGCUCAAGCAGCACCGCCGACUCUGAUGGCGACUUCAGCCAAACACCCAGACACACGCCCACCAGUGACAGCACCUUUGGGACAGACUCCACAAGUGAGAUGUCCCAGGGCCUCAGCAGUGUGGAGCAAGUACAGCUGGACUUUGUGGAGAUGCUGCGUGUCCGGGAUGAAAAGCGGAGGAUGCGGCAUGUGGAGACACUGAGGCAGCAGAAGGAGGUAGAGGAGGAUGAAGCAGAGGCCUGCGGAGGAGGAGGUGGAGGGGCCAGGGUGGAACUACUGGGGGACUUGGAUGACGACCAGGGCAGUGUGUCGCCCUCUGUGAAAGCCACAUCCAAACCACAACCACCCCUGAAAACAUCAUCUUAUAGUUCCACCACCACCAGCACCUGCAGCACUAACAUCACAAACAGACAACACGAAAACGGAGAGUCGUUGGGCAAAGACACUGAUUCCAAGCCAUCGUCCAACCCAGCUCGCAAGUUUGUCAGUUCUGUCUCCAUCUCGCUCGACAAAAGUCCCUCUGCCAGCGUGUGCACAAGUCCCAUGAGCCCUCGCUCCCCGACGGCCCCCACAACACCUCGAGAUCACUGGCCGUCGCCUUGCCAGAGUCCCUCUCCUAGGGGAGCUCAAAGCCCCGUUCAGAAUGGACACACACAGGAGCCCAGUGUGAAUGGCUCUCCCUCCAAUGGCAACUUUGAACAGACUUCCAAACCUGCAUUCGUCAGACAGAGCUCCAGGACUAUAUCUUUCAGGAUGAUGAGGAAGACAGAAGAGGAGAGUGCGCCGCUGCAGAGGAGUGCGAGUGUGAGGAUCGCCUCCAAGAAGUUUGAAUCCAACGCAGACCAAAAUGAAGAUGAAGCCAAAGCGUCAUCUUUCCAGAGAAACUCUAGGCAGAGAAUUUCAUCCAGAUCCAUUCAGGAGAAGAUGGAGAGACUGGCUCAGGCUGCACAGAAGUCUGACAUGGUGCGGUCUCCAGACGUCACCCAGAGGACCUUGUUCCUGCUGGAUGAGGUGUCCAGGAAGAGAGGCCUCUUUGAGAAGGAGCAGCAGGCAGUGAGCCCCACCAGCCCGGGAGUUUCCAGACAGGAAUUUAGGAGCUUCGCAGCAGGAAUGUCAGACCGGAUCAACCGCUGGCUCAACAAACCCAACCAAUCUGGGUCUUCACUUAGUCCUUCUGACUUGAGACACGUGGACAUCAACAGUAAGAGGAGCCUGUUUGAGACCAGACGGGAGGACGGUGUCCCAAAAACCAGCCCUGAGAAAAUCUGCAAGUGAAGGAUAUCCAUUUAUAAUGCCCAACAGGAUAUAGAAGAUGGCGAGGGGAGACAAAGAGAACUGGAAGAUUAAUGGGUACCAUGACUGAUUGAUUCUUUUUUCAAGCUUUUUUUAAAUGUUUUUUCUUCUUUACUGCCUAAGCACACAGGAGAAACCUGGGAGGAGGAAGUUAGGAAGCUUUAAUCAAACAGUUUUGCAUUGCUUCUUGAGUCAUAAAUAUGUCUUAUUUCAAACACUGUUUGAUGUGCGAGGAAAAGAGGAAAAAAGUAGACACGAGAGGAGAUGAAAAGUGAGGGAGAGGAGGAAGUGAUAUAUUUGUUUUAAAGCUCUUCAGCUAUUUGCCCUAACUUUGUGUAAUUCUUAAAGC